AUGAUUGGUCAAGAUCCACAGUCAAUCAGUUCUGAAGAUUCUGUCAAGAAAUUUGAGACGAGGAUGACACCGAACCAUCUCUUCCAACUCAUCUCUGAAAUCAAUAAACCAACAGAUCUUAAGGAAGAGCCAGAUGCGACCGGUGCGAAAGAAGUCCCAUUGAAUGGGAAGAAUGUACUGGAUAUCAAACAGGAAGAUGUUGUUGCUGUACUUGGUCUUCCUUGUGGACCCAAACCAGUGGAAGAAUUCAAACAGAAUGAUGCCGCUAUAACGGACCACGCUGAGAUGGUGGAUGCAUUCAAGAAAAGAAUGGGAUACAGUAAUAAAUUCCUGCCAACGAGAUCCACGGCGGCACAAUUAAUUGCUGGUCAAAAAGAUUUUGGUGAUCACUUCAAACAAGAUUUCCUGGUCUUCGUUGUGAGCAUAUUCCUACAUGGAAACACCAGUUCUAGGAUCACAAUGAACAUCCUAAAGUCCCUCGUGAACAUCAAUGAAGUGACACAAUACAAUUGGUGUCAAUAUGUGAUUGAUGCACUGGUGAAAGGAUGCAAAAGUCACCACGACGGGAAACCAUUCACUGGACCAAUCACUUUUUUCCUGGACCUUGCUGCUCUUUAUGAAAAGUUCUACCAAUUGAUUAUCACGAUGAGCAAAACUGUUUUAGACAUUCGUGAGAAGAAAAUGGAGUUAAAAAUCGAACCAGAUGAACAAGCAAAGCAAACAAUCAAGAUCCUAACAGAUGCAAUGGUGUCGAUGAGUAGAAAGAUGCCUCCGCCUUCAGGACUGGAGCAAUUGAGCCAGACAAAUGAUGAGGCUUCUCUUGCAGUGGGGAAAUUUGUGCCUACUUCAAAAGAAGUGGUGAUUGAUGAACAACAAACUCAACCACAAGGGGCACAGGGACUGGAUCAAUUGAGCCAGACAAAUGAUGAGAAUUUUCUUCCAGUGGGGAAAUCCGUGCCUACUUCAAAAGAAGUGGUGGUUGAUGAACAACAAACUCAACCACAAGAACAUGCAAUGAAUAUCUCCACAACAGAAAAGAAGAGAUCCCAUCAAGAUUCCAUUGGCCGGGAUUCAGGUGUGACAUCCACCUAUACCAAAAGGUCGAGAAGCACUGGUACCAGGAAAAGAAAAGUAUUCAAAGACCCAACUAUCCCACACUUUAACCUGGGUAUCUACUCCAGUCAGGAAGACAGUUACGAGACAACCCAGGAGAAGAAUACUCAGGAAGAUAUCACAGGAAGUGUUGAUUUGGAUAAAGAUGUCAAUGAGACUAUAGAAGCAGAAGAAUAUCCAGUACCAUCUGCAUUCGACGAAACAAAGAAUCCCACUCCUUCCAUCGAUGAAAUCAUAAGAAGGGCCAGUGCACCAGCUUCAGAAUCAUUAAAUGAUACCAAAAAACUAGAGAUUAUUGUGGCUGUUGUAGAACAAGUUGAGAAAAACCCAAAGGUGGUUGAAGCAGUCCCUUUAAGUAUAAUUCCACCCGAUUGGAAUAUUGCUUCUACCACGGGUGGUCUACUCAUGCUGGACAAAAAUGAGUGUACCACGCCACCGCCUGCAAUCUCAAAGAAAGCUGAUGUACUCAAUGAAGGGUUAAUAAAGACAGUGGAAAAGAUCCUCAAUGAAAACCUAAGAGGAGAAAUCCACCAAGAGUACCGGUUGCCCGAAUGGUUCAGGUCGCCGUUCAUGCUGCAGAAGAAAAACAAGAAAAAAUUCAUACAGUUGACAGAGGAGAAGAAGAAAAUGACCCAAGAAGAAGCCCUGUUGAUAGACUUCGCUCUCUUGCAGAGACAAGAAGAAAUAGUUAAAUCAGGGAAUUUCUUGUUUGAAUUUGGAAAAAUCGUUUGGGCAGACAAGACAGCAUUCUAUUCCACAAGGGAAGGGACAUGGAUAGAAAACAGCAUCAUAGAUGCUUGGGCUGUCAUCCUAAACAAAGAAGAAGCUAAGAGUGACUCCCCAAGACAGAUAUUCUUUGGUGUUUCCUCAUUUGAUACAAUCAGUCGAUACAACCAACCGGGCAGUAACAAAGAAGAAUUAGAGUUUAUAUUCUAUGAGAGGUUGGCUCUUGAACUAGAAGAACAAGGCCUCAGUGUAGCAUCCCUGAUAGCGGCAAAAGCUAUCUACUUCCCAGUACACAACCGAGACCAUUACUUCUUGUAUGUGUUGCUGGUUGAAGAAAAGAAAGUGCUUGCAUUCAACAAUCUUCAUGCAAAAGAUCUAGACUACUACAAGCCAACAAAAGAUCUACUUUUUCGGUUCUUCCAAAUGUACCUUCAAUGCGUGUUUCCACACAUAGAACUGGUCACUGCUCAGUACACCUUGACAGAGGUUACGCUACCAUCACACAAGGACAAAACGUCGAAUGCGGAAGAUUGUGGAAUAUACACAAUGCACCACAUGGAGUGUUAUGAUGGUGGUGAGUACGAGGACGGUACUACUUUGGAUUUCUACACAGGAAACAUCAAAGAGUACCGGUGGAAAUACAUGUUAAAAAUCCUUAUGCACCCAUCCAACAAAAAUAAGGACAAAAUCCUCGAAGCAAUGCACCAGUUCUAUACAAAUAUUGCUGAAGAAGAACAAAAAGAAAUUCCAGAUCAUGUUGAUUUGAGCAGCAAAUCUUACUACAAUGACAGAAAAAUUCAUGGAUGGGUUAAAUGA